AUGCAGGAAAGAUCAACUAUUGAGUCUCUUCUCGACAGGCACAUCGAAUGCUUGGGUCUGAACGAAACAGGCGAUGACGUUGAAGAAAGCCGCUUCGACGGGGCGGACGCUCUCGUGCAUUCGGACACCGCACCCAAGAGUAGCGGAGAGAGCACAAUCAAAGGAGGUACUGUUGUCCAGCAGGCUCUACCACGGUGGAGCUUCAGACCAACAACAUCAAGCUCCACGAUCCAGCAUUCCAGUCUAACAAGUUCUGAACGACGUCGCCUCAUCCCUCGACGGCUUUUCGCCAGUAUGGAUGCCAGGCUGCCACCGGGAGCGGUGCUCGCUGAUAUCCAGGACACUUCCAUGUCCAAUCCUGCGUCUACCAUUUCCGACCUUCAGCCGCGCCUCUCAGGCUGGCAGACGCUUCCCUCCACCAGUGGACUGGUGACCUCCGAUUCUGCAAGAUCUACUGCAAAAGCCUCAUUGGCUUCGGGUGACAUAGCGGACACUGAUUCGGAUCCUCCGAAUGCAAGAUUUAGGAUCCGAAGAGUGUCAGAACUCAGUCUGAGUCCCGAGACAUCAAGCAGUCCGCAGAACAGUCGGGCGUCACAACUUCACCGUCGUUCGAAGAGCGACAUGCUUGCCAGACAGACAUCACACCGGCGCCGGCGGGCCCGGAUACUGAUAAAGGCCAAAAGGAAGUCGCAAAGUCUGGGACAGCUUGCCAACCUUGCUCAGGACGGCCAGGCUGAUCGGAUGACCGAAUAUGUCGGGCACUCGGAAGACUGGGUAACUGAGGAUUCGCCUGAGGAAAACAGCCAGACUUCGCCCGUUGCUGGGUAUGCAGAGCUGAGCGCAGACUCUGUGGCGGUUCAGCCCCCAACCAUACUCUCCGCGGAAGCGAGCGCCCUUGUUCCAACCUCCGUGCCUCGGAGAUGGAUCAGUAUGGUUGCUGCAAUGCCCAAUCCUGUGAAGAAGAGCAUGGAGAUCGUGCGAAAGGCUUCUGUGCGGACUGUUCAAUCACAUCAAAGCAAUACCAGUGUGAUUGAGCCAGUCAACAGCACGCGAUACGAUUCCCAGGUCUCGCGUUUAGGCUCAGUUCCUCAACUCGCACCCCCAGAAUUUGGCCCUCCGCUCACAUCAUCGGACCUGAACCUUAGCCUCCGAUUUCCAGGUCAGCCACAAGUGUAUCGGCCACCCUUGCGUCAGGUGCAGAGUUUCUUUUCCGAUGACAGCUCGGCCGCGCUCGCUCACAAGCGACCAAGUACUCUCAAGAAACGGUUUGACCUUCCAAGCUUUCGUAGCGGUUUCAGCAAGUCAAGCGGGUUGAUCGGGACUCGCCAUAGCUCCACCCAAAGAGGAACGAAUACUCUCCAAACAAGUGCUUCGUACCGAUUGCGUCACCGAGAAUCAGUUGAGUACCGGCAUGAAGCAUUCGGCAAGACCGUGCCCAUGUCGGAUUUUGCAUACAAGAAGCGCAAAGUCCUUGGCAGGCUGAAGGAAUGGUGGAAACGGCAGUGCAUGCAAAAGACCUUGGACUUGGUCAGAAAGAAGAGCGGUCGGAACAUGCAGCACGCAGCUUGGGCAUAG